AUGGUGUGGUACCCAGCUAAUGCAUCUCCUAUGAUUUUUACAACCUAUAAUGCAAUGCCAAAGAAUCCUAAGCAAUUUUGUUCCAAGUUUCAUAGUGGUGACCUGAGCCGCUCAGCUGAUGAGCAUAUAAAUAUUUUUGAAGAUCUCCUUCACAAUAGAGAUAUCCAGCAUGAGGAUGUGGCCUGCAGAUUGUUUCCUUAUACUUUUGAUGAAGAAGCCUCUCAUUGGUAUAUCCACUUGCCAGUUGACUCUAUCCAUAAUUGGCAAGAGAUGAAAGACACUUUCUUAGAGAAGUUCAAAUCACCAAUUUCUCCAUCUGAGUUAUAUCGACAAUUCAUGGAAAUAAGAAGGCAAGAGCAUGAGCCUAUUAGCACUUUCAACAAUAGAUUUCAUAAAACUUACACAAGGCUGAGAGAUCCUUACAAUUUGAAUAAUGCUGCAACAUUGCCUGUCUACUAUGUAGCAUUAGAUUGCCUCACUUCCAUGUUUGUGAAGUCAAAAGGCACACCCCCAACUAAUUUGAAGGAAGCAUAUGCUUCAUCUAUUUCAGUUAGCAAUGAUCUGGAAGUAGGUACUGCUACAGGACCCUUGAACUAUCUAGGAAAUCCUGUCGCGCAAGGUCAGAUUCAGAAUAUCAAUAGAGCUCUGUCUCAGAAUACAUGGGUGAUGAACCUGAUUCCCAAGGCCAGUAAUCAGUUGGUUCUCCAUCCAGGAACACCUGUCUCACAAGUACCUCCACUACAACCGAUAUACCUCUAG